AUGAGUCUACCUCCGACAAUGACCCAGAUGACACCAGGCGUAUCAUCGGGUGGUGCAAAACGCCAAAGGGUUGAAGAGGAUGAUUAUCAACGUCAAGGGGUCGAGGGGGGAUCAGAUGAUGAAGACGACGAAAGCUCAGAUGGUGGACUUACACACGAAGAGAGCCUAGAGCGGAAGAGGAAACGGACUGCAAAACUUAAAGCCCUGACCCAGAUCAGGCACCGCGAAGCUGAAAUUGGCAAGGUUGCUGCUCAACAUGAGGUUCCAAAAGCUGCCACGCCUCUUGCGAGAGCUAUCCACGAGUACACCCGGAUGCUGAUGGGUAUUCCGCGGAAGGCAAGGGGAACAUCAAUGCUCGAAAGUGUUUCCGAACCGAAAUUACCUGAUCCACCAUCAGAAGAGGAACGCCAAGCUUGGGAGUGUCGCAAACAAUUACGUGAGAAAUUUAUUCGAGAUGCUCAAGACAAAGCAAUGCAAAAGUAUCUUGCAAAAAAACCGACUGGUUUUAAGCCGAAUCGAAAACAGAGAAAGACUGUCGAGAAGGAUGCAGCUGAGAUGGCGGCCAUCAAGAAACCUAUGCAACCUGUGAUAUUUACCUCUCGAAUCAGCGCUGGUGGUCGCACACGCUAUGCUCAUCAUUUCGGUACACAAUGUGAAGCGGCUCUAGCGAUGGCCGGGUUUCCACGUUGCACUUUCGACUGGCAGGCAUCUUACGACUCCCCUUGGAACGCUGCGACAGCAACAAUCAUACUUGCUCAUUGGGUGAAGACUUAUGACGCAAAUGGUGCAAGAGCAUUUGGAAUCAUCUCUUCGGAUAAUACUCCGGCCAACCGUGAAGAAGUGCUUCGAAGAUGGUGUGGUAACAAGGCCCCAAAACAUCGCGAGCAAACAAGGCAUGUUGAGAUGUUUAAGACUCCGGCCGGUAAAAAGUUGCUAGAAGAUCACUUUGCAAUUACUCAUAGUAUUACGAGCAAAAGGCGUAAUAAAGAGAAGAUUGUUGAAGCGCGGUUACACGAAGCCUUCAAAUUCUGGGGCAAAAGUUCUGCCGAAUAUGCCAUGUUAUCCCAUCCGGAAGUCCAUUCGGAAGACGAGCUUCAACCGACAAAUGCCUCUGGAUCUCGUCAGAGGUUACGGCUGGACUGGCGGAGCGCGGAGUUAGAUACAUUGAUAAUGCUCCUAGAUCAAUCCCAUUGGAAGCGUAAAACUAUACCAAAGGAACGUAGGGCCGCAAAGCAAUUGGUGGAACGAGGGAACUACGCUCCCACUGCGGACCCCGAUCGCUUUCCUCCAAAAGGCUUUCAAGCCUCAUUGAUUUCUCCGGGCUGGUUGGACAAUGCAGACGGUUUGAUCGUAUCGGAAUUGGAUUUGAAUGAAGAGGAUGCUGUUGAUGUCCAGCAAGCCAUCCAGGAUGCGAUGAGGGUUUUCAAAUCCCGUGCCAACCUGGCUGAAGAGGAGGCCAGUGGGUCCACCUUGAGCUGA